AUGGAGCCAAUUGACGAAAGUACAGCACCUAGCGAAUCAUUACAAACGGUUCCAAUCUAUAAUUUAGACGCGUCGUCUUCCGAUAGUGAUUCUGAUGACCAAGGACGUAUGGGCGGUCCUCCUGUAGGACCUCCAAUAGAUACAAGUACUUUAUCGCUUUCAGGCGUUCCUCAAACUUCACAGCGUCAACGAAUACAGGUACCACAACGUUCUUAUGCUUCAAUGCCGAGACAUGAGAGAGCACUUUCAGAGCUAUCAGCUGUAGCAGAAUCUGUACAAACUAGGCCUAGUGUUGAUGAAGAAUACCUGUUUGACGAAGAUUCUACCAGCGAAGAAGAGCCUUUUCAACCAGGUCAAACUGUAAUGACACCUCAAUCGGUUGCUAGUCCAAAUACUCAAUAUGAAUCUCAUCCUGUUGCUGACGUCCCGGUUACUACUUCUAGAUCUGAUAAUCGUGGCUUAAGACCUUUAAGUUUACUAGGUGGUCUUGAAUCAUCUCAAGGUCGACAUGCAGAUGUGGAGAAAGGGUUACCUUUACAUACGAAAGAAACAACGCCAUCUGAACCUAAAUCGCGUGCAAUAAAUAAAGAAACGACAGUACCAGCGGAACAUCCAAGUGAUGCAAGAGGAUAUCGUCGCUCAAGAGAUGAACAUAUGUAUCAUCACCGUGAAUCUUCGGAUCUCUUACCAUUAACUCUUGUAUCAGGAGGAGGCGGACUUUCGUUUUCAUCUCAUUAUGCAUAUCUUCCUUCCCCUUUUGGUAAAGUUAUAACUCGAUCACAAAUUAUGGCUAGAGUUGCUUGGUUUUCUCAGCUGGUCAUAUUUAAUAUAAUCUACGCAGGAUAUAAAUUAAGUUCUUCCGAACAAUUGGUGGAAGGAAAACAUUCCACGUUUAAUUUAAUUGGAUUAGUCAUUAUUCCACUUAUUUUCUUAAUUACCUAUAUUUUAGUUGUUACAAUAUGGACUUAUAUAGACCUUUGGAAUAAAGAAUUUUAUCCAUCUUUCACGGUUUUAUAUUACUCUCCUCUGAUGAUUUUUUCAAUAUUUUUCGGGGAAAAGAAACGAGUUGAUGUAUCGAAAUUUCAUGAAGUAAAUUAUGGAGCAAAAUGGUGGAGAUUUGGUUUCAUUACAUAUGAUAUAGUAGGUAAAGUUUUCAAUCAACGUAAUGCUGAAGUAUCAGAAGUAUUUGAAGAUUUUGUUCCAUCUUUAUUUCUGUUGGUCGUCUUUUCAUUGGGAUUUAUAGUAUCUAUAUGGGCUUUAAUUGAAACUAUUGUAGCAGGAAGUAUGCAUGGUAGUGGUGAAGGAAAGAAAAGAUUA